CUUUAUUAGUAACAAUAAACCAACUCAGUCUUACCCUCUCACUUGAUCAUUCACAGCUGUUCAAAAGAUUUAAUCUUUUCCACCUCCAAAUACAAAUUUUUACUCUUGUUAUUUUUAUUGAUUCCAAGAAUAAAGCUUUCCUUAUCCGUAUCCAUUCAAAAGGGCACGUUCCUGAUUAAUUCUCGGGGAAAGACAACCCCUUUUUUAAACAUUUAUAAAUACUUCUUUUCUUGUUCUCUUUUCUCGGGUAUGUGCUUCAGUCUUUGAUCGUCUCUCUCCUUUUUAUAAUUUGGUGAAGUUAUAUAUAGUUUGAAAAGGAAAUUGUUGUUGGAAUUUGAAGAUAAUGGGGACUGAAUUCGAGGAGGCACGAUCAAAUUUCAUUGAAUUUGAAGAUGCUAUUACUGAUAAAUCAUCUCUGAUGAAGGUUGAAUCUGGGAAUUACGGGUGUUCGCAUUAUAGGAGAAGAUGCAGUAUCAGAGCACCUUGCUGUAAUGAGAUCUUUGAUUGUAGGCAUUGCCAUAAUGAAGCAAAGAACUCAUUGGAAACUAAUCCUCUCGAUCGACAUGAUAUUCCACGCCAUGAAGUUACAAAGGUCAUCUGCUCCCUCUGUAGCACAGAACAAGAUGUUCAGCAGAAUUGUGUAAACUGUGGGGUUUGCAUGGGGAAGUACUUCUGUGCAAAGUGCAAAUUCUUCGACGAUGAUGUUGCAAAAAACCAAUACCACUGUGAUGAAUGUGGAAUAUGCAGAACUGGUGGCAAGGAAAAUUUCUUCCAUUGUAAGAAAUGCGGAUGUUGCUAUUCAAAAUUAAUGAAAGAUGCCCACCGUUGUGUGGAAAGAGCAAUGCACCAUAAUUGCCCCGUUUGCUUUGAGUUUCUGUUUGACACUAUGAAAGAUAUAACUGUGCUACCUUGUGGGCAUACGAUACAUUUGGAAUGUGUGAGGGAGAUGGAGCAACAUUAUCGGUAUUCAUGCCCAGUCUGCUCUAAGUCUAUAUGUGACAUGUCCAAAUUGUGGAGAAAGCUUGACCAAGAGAUUGCUGCAACACCAAUGCCAGAAAUUUACCAAAACAAGAUGGUUUGGAUUCUGUGCAAUGAUUGUGGUGCAAAUUCCCAUGUUCAAUUCCAUAUUGUUGCACACAAAUGCCUAAACUGCAAGUCCUACAAUACUAGACAGACGCGAGGAGACUCGACUGCCUCAUGCUCAUCAGAGAUGGCUGAAAUGGUGAGGUGACUAGUGAUAUCACAAGAAUGCCAGCUCAAAUCCUGUUUCUUGGAUUCAAUCCUGAUCAGCCCUUGACCAAGGGAUUAACAGAAGCUAUGGAUUUGCAAGAGGCCAAAACUAUGUGACCCUCCAACAUGAAGCUCUCAUUAAUUGCCAGUAUGAAACUACUGUCCAAGCAUUUUUUGCUGGAUGAUAUAAGCAGGAAAUCUCCAAUGUUGUAGAUAUGUUUUCUUCUGACUUAUGGGCUUUGGCCUCAUGUAAUAUGAAGAAAACAGAAGUAUAAAAGAAAGAAACCUCAAAAUUAACCAACCAUGAGAAACUGUUCUUCAGUUUUAACAUGAUAAUCAAUUUUUAUUGGAUGCAA